AUGCUGUUCCAUUUCCCGCAAACGGGUAAAAAGACCCGGCGAAAAUCUGGGGCCUACCUGACACUCCAAACCGCAAGGUACGCGACGGAGGCCGCAGCAAUCGACGCUCGACACGGCACCUACCUCUUAAAGGACCCCGCGGAACCGGACAGCUACACAAUGGGUCGCAGGUCCCAAAAGCCUCCACCAACUGCCGGCAGAGGCACCCAAGAUAUCGGCGACAUGCUGCAGAGGCCAAUGGCGCCCAAGAUGGCGACCCCGGCGGAGCGCACGCCAGCCUCUCCAGACGAGGGGGAACAGCAUGGGGCUGGAUUAGAAAUAUCCACCGCUUCCCAAGCCACAGAGUCACUUGCCAGCCAAGAUACACAAACCCCGGCUACCAAACAAGAUAUUGCCGACCUCCUGAUGGAAAUGAGAAGAAUGCAUGCAGCAGAUAUCAACCUAAUAAAGACUGAAAUGCACGCACGCACACGGGCCACAGAGGAGGACAUCCUAGAUCUCCAAAGAGAGGUGAGAGAGAUAAAAGACACUUGUUACCAUAUGCAGGCCGCACAGUCCACCCUAAUCACAAGACUGGACCAAACAGAAGACCGCAACAGACGUGCUAACCUAAAAUUAAGGGGGAUCCCAGACACCAUAGACUCAUCAGAACUACCCCACUACCUCAGACGCCUCAUAGCGACGCUUCUGACACCCGCUCAGGCAAAAAAACUUGUAUUGGACGGCUGUUUUAGAAUCAGAAAAGCCAGACAAGCACCAACGGACGCCCCUCAAGAUGUCAUUAUCCGAUGUCACUCCCUCUCACGGCGGUCAGAGGGAAGACCCCGCUAACAUUUGAAAACUCUCAAGUUACCUUUUACCAAGACCUGACCCGCAACACAUUACUGUGGCGCAUAUCUCUGGCCCCAGUCACAACUCAACUGAGAGAGGCAAAGCUCGAGUAUAAAUGGACAUUCCCAAGGUCCCUGACAGUGACCAAGGGGGGCGCCACGCACAGCCUCUCCUCGCUACAGGAUGCAGAACCUUUCCUGAGGGCACUAGGGAUGCCAGCUCUAACCCAAACAAGGGAGAACCCCACGACGCCACACACAUGGAACCCAGAGACAGUAAUCUCUUUCACUCCUAGGAACACUGAGAGAAGCAGAGCCCUAACCUGAACUGCCCCACUGCGCCAGACCUUCGACCUCCUAUGUGUCCUCCACAGGCGCUGAGGAAGAGCUGUUCUGAACUGCAUUAA